AUGAGGAGGCUCAGAGAUAGAGGCCGAGGCCUUCGUGGUGGUAUGGCCUUACUUCGCAGAGCCUCCCUGGGCCUCUUUGCCUGGUUCUUGCUGCUUCAGACACAAUUGGGCGAGGCCCGGAUGGUUCCAGGAACGCUGUCUCUUGCCCCUCUCCCCUUGGAGGAUGGCCUCGAUGACCUGGGUGCACGCCCCCAGGAGAAGCCCCUCACAGGGAUGCCUGAGACCUCGCAGGCCCCCCUGUCCCCUAACUCAGUGGCAUUUACUCCGGAUCACUCUUUUUCAGCCAUGACUCUGCCACAGGAACGGUUUCCAACAUGGAUUCCAACCACGGCAGGUUGUGGCCGCAGAACCUCAAGGAUAGUUGGCGGGGAACCUGCCCAAGAGAGGAAGUGGCCCUGGCAGGUGAGCUUGCAGGUGAAGAACUAUCACAUCUGCGGUGGCUCCCUCAUCAGCAAAUGGUGGGUGAUGACUGCAGCCCACUGUGUGUAUGGCCACCUGGAUUAUGUGGCAUCGAUGGGAGAGAUUAACCUGUCAUCCAAAAAUGCAGUCAACAUUCCUGUCCAAGACAUCAUUGUUCACCAAGAUUACUCUGUUAUGGGAUCACUUGUGAAUGACAUCGCUCUCGCUCUGCUGGCCUUCCCUGUGAACUACACUGUCUCCAUCCAGCCUGUCUGCCUCCCUGACAGGGCUUUCUUGGUACAAGCUGGGACCCAGUGCUGGGUGACCGGAUGGGGCAGAACAUUUGAAAAAGGUGGAUCAUCAGGACACCUUCGGGAGGUUGAGCUAAACAUUAUUCGUCAUGAGCAAUGUGAUCAGAUUCUCAGAGAAAGCACAGGAAAACUGUUUACCCAAGUCCAAGAAGGGAGCGUCUGUGGCUAUAGUGAGAGAGGAGGAGACUCCUGCCAGGGUGAUUCUGGGGGGCCCUUGAUCUGUGAAUUUAAUGAAACAUGGGUGCAGGUGGGGAUCGUGAGCUGGGGCAUUGGCUGUGGUCGAAAAGGAUUUCCUGGAGUUUACACAGAAGUGAGUUACUACAAAGACUGGAUCGUUAGAGAACUGAGUCAAGCUUCAUAUUGGAACUCAUCAGGCCUCCUCAUCUUAAGCAUAUGCCUGGUGCUUCACUUGGGCAUCCUGGUGACCCUGUGA